GCCGCCCACCGCUCACCGCGUCUUCCACCUUCCACCACCAUGGCGCACAACGACACCAAGGCGGGACUGCUGGCCGUUCCGUCUGUGUCUCUCAAACAUAUACUCUCAUCCGAGAUUCUGUCGGUCACUUCUGUCAUGCGCAAGAACUCUAGAUGGGCCAUGUCCACCCACCCGUUCAGCAGUACCGGAGAUUCCACACUAGCCAGCAGUCUCGGACUAAGGCGCACACGGCCAUAUCAGAGUCCAUUUAUCUCUGAACAUGGUAGCAGCGAACAAGAGCUGAUGCGAGGUUUCCAGGACCUCAGGCGAUCGGUUAAGGACGUUGAAGAUAUACGCUCUAUGCCGCUAACCACGCUCCUUGGUCCUUUCUUCGCUAUCAUCCGCUCUCCGCUAUCAACGGGACCCAUCACGUCCUCUGCGCUAUCCGCCCUCCAUAGCUUCUUCCAGUGUAACCUCAUACACCCCGGUGCCAUUUCCUUAAGCGCAUGCUUGAGUGAGCUCAGUAGCACCGUGUCACGGUGUAAAUUUGAAGCCAGUGAUUCGUCCGGAGACGAAGUGACUCUACUCAAGAUUAUGACCGUGAUCCAAGACUGCAUGUGCAGCCCUGUGGGAGAUAACCUGGGCGACAUCGAGGUGUGCGAAAUGUUGGAGACGGUUCUGACGACGUGUUGUCAGAUGCGGCUCAGCGAAAUGCUGAGGCGUUCAGCGGAAGCCACCAUGCAUGCUCUUGUGAAGACAGCGUUCGCUCGACUGUAUGCGCUCGAUGCUGAGGAAGAAGAGCGAAAACUCUCCGAUAGUGAUUCUAAUGGUCAAGACCUGGAGGGCAAGAUGUCUGUUGCCGCCGGGACCUCCGACAGCUCCCAACUUCUGCCAGAAAACGAAGAGAGCGAAACUACGCUGUCUCCUCGACUGCCCUCUGCCAGUGACAACUCGGCUGACCCGAAUGCUCCUAGGGCAAAAUACGGCCUACCAUCGAUACUAGAGCUGCUGCGCGUUCUCAUCAACAUUCUUGAUCCAACUGACCAGGCACAUACCGAUACGACGCGACUUACAGCCCUGAGAGUUCUGAACGUCGCGUUCGAGGUCACUGGCUCCAGAAUCUGCGACUUUCCUUCGCUCUCCGCCCUUGUUUUCGAUCACGGAUGCAAGUACCUAUUUCAAUUGGCACGAUCUGAUAAUCCAGCUGUCCUUCAGACGACUCUGCGCGCGAUAUCCACUAUGUUUGAGACUAUGCGUCAGGAGUUGAAGCUUCAGCAAGAGCUCUUCUUGACAUUUACGAUUGAUCGUUUGGCCCCUCCACCCUCCACCAUCAAGACCCACCUGACGAGAUCUGGCGUAUCUCCACGUCCUGGUACGCCUUCCCCCGACUCUCCUCGGCUGGGUCCCGUCGGCAUCGAUUCAGAGCUUGAAAAGACGCCAUCCACGCCACGCCUACUGGUCGCACCAGCUCGGGGGGACACUCGUGAACUGCUGCUCGAGACCUUGGCUCUUAUAUCUCGUCACCCGAGCUUCAUGGUCGACCUCUACACUAAUUACGACUGCAACAUGAACUGCGAGAACAUGUUCGAGCGACUAAUCGAUUUCGCCACAAAGGGCAUAUAUCCUGGCCAAUAUGGCAAUGGACAAGACAUGCCACCACAGACGUCCCAGUAUCUCUGUCUAGACCUGCUACUUGCCUUUGUCAAUCACAUGACGGCGAGGACAGAAGGUCAAGCCGAGCCAUGGCCAGAGGACUAUAUCGCACUCGAUGAUUUACGACAAACCAAGUCUCAAAAGAAGCUGGUCUUAACUGGUGUGUCGCGCUUUAACGCCAAGCCAAAGACCGGAAUCUCCUUCUUUGAAGAGAACAAGCUCAUCUACACUGACCCCGACGAGCCGCGUGCAAAAAGCCUGGCCGUGUUCUUGAAAAAUUCCACGCGGCUGGACAAGCGGCUACUAGGUGACUUCAUCUCGAAACCCGAGAACAUUGAUAUCCUCAAGGCGUUUAUCAGCCUUUUUGGCUUCAAAGGCAAAUCCGUCGCGGAUGCCAUGCGAGAACUAUUAGAGGCCUUCCGACUGCCGGGAGAGGCCCAGCAGAUCGGUCGUAUCACUGAGACAUUUGCAGAGAUAUACUUUGCCUCUGAACCUGCGGAGGUCAAGUCUCAGGACGCCGUAUAUGUACUGGCUUAUUCGAUCAUCUUACUCAAUACGGAUUUGCAUAAUCCUCAGAUCAGAAAACGCAUGACGAUCGAGGACUACAUGCGUAACCUUCGAGGUGUCAACGAUGGUUCAGACUUCUCUCAAGAGUACUUGCUUGAUAUCUAUGAAUCUAUUCGCAAGAGAGAAAUCAUCAUGCCAGAAGAGCAUACCGGUCAACUGGGUUUCGAGUAUGCUUGGAAGGAGCUCCUGACCCGGGCGUGGCAGGCAGGAAAACUCAUGACCUGCAAUACAUCUGCCUUCGACAGCGACAUGUUCAAGAUCGUGUGGAAGCCGGUUGUUUCCGCAAUCGCUUUUGCUUUCAUCUCAUUCGACGAUGACUACAUUAUCGAGAGAGCUAUUACCGGCUUCCGACAUUGCGCGACUCUCGCGCGAUACUUUCAUCUGCCUGAUGUCUUCGACUACGUCGUAGUCUCUCUGUCCCAAGCUACAGGCCUUCUUUCCGAAUCAUUGCCGUCGCAAAUUCCGAACUUCCCGGUUGUAGAGGUUGAUGGCCAAUCGACCACUGUGUCAACGCUUUCCGUAAAGUUCGGCAGGAACUUCAAGGGGCAGCUUGCUGCAGUUGUACUAUUCAACAUUGUUAAUGGCAAUGGCAACGCGUUGCGCGAGGGUUGGACCCAGAUAUUUGAGAUAUUCGGGAAUCUCUUCUUCAACUCUCUACUUCCGGCUCGCAUGCUGCAAACAGAGGAUUUCUUGGGCGGCACAACGGCCAUACCGCUGCGCAGAAAUCAACCCGCUCGCCCACCUCCACGAUCGGACGGGCUCUUAUCGGCUCUUUCUUCCUAUCUAAUGACACCAUACAAUUCCGGUGCCGACCCACAGGUCCCGGAUGCAACAGAUGCAGACAUCGAGAGUACUCUUUGCACUGUUGAUUGCGUUACAGCUUGUCGCUUUGACGAGCUGUAUGCGCAGAUCAUGCAACUCAACUCGGAGGCUUUGGUCGCAGUAAUCCGAGCUCUGGAAGCCCUGGCACACGAGCGAACGGUUGCGAAACUCAAGCAGGAGUCGGGUGAUGUGGGUUCUGAGCAAGCGGACGAGGAAUCAUUUGUAUUGCCCUACGACCCAGUCUCCGUGUUUCUGCUCGAGAUCAUGGUCAGCAUCAUUUGCCACACGCCUCAAUACAUUGACGAGACCUGGCCAGUCAUUUUCGAGCAUCUCUCCGCUCUGUUGACAACGCCGGCUCAAUACAGUGUACUGCUUAUUGAGCGUGCCGUCGUCGGACUCCUGCGGAUCUGCAUAAUCCUUGCGCAAAAGGCAUCUCUCCGUGAUCAGGUCUACGUCUCUUUUGAUUUGCUUGCAGGCCUGCCACAGCAAGUCGCCAGCUCGGUCGCGGAACAUAUCGCAGUCGGUCUUGCGUCGGUGCUCUCAAAAUACAGUGAUGUCGUUCAUUCACCGACCGAGUGGAACAUCAUCUUUGCUCUUAUGAAGUCGACAAUCCAUUACCCAGAAGCAUCAAGACAGACGCUUGAGCUCAUCGAGAGUUUAUUUUCCGAUGAGUGGAAAAUUACGGUGGACAACUUCGUCGGUGUGGUGACGGUGUUAGAUGAGUAUGCGACAGUAGCCGGACUGGCGACUGAAGCCCAGCAACAGGGACGUCGAACCCAGUCAUUGAACUCUUCGAACUCUCCAAUUGUGGAGAGAGGUCGCAAGGCAGUCGACAUGCUAUCCAAUCUUAAGGGCGCCUGGUCUCGUCUUGGAAAAACUGGCGAUCCUAUGGCAUGGCGUCAGCUGUGCCUUCCGUUGCUGUCGUCGCUUGCUCGCCAGUCUUCAAAUACCUCGCGCGAGAUCCGUCAGGCUGCCAUGGUCCACUUACAGCGUACCAUCCUCGGCCCACACCUUCUGCUAGACCAAGAAAAUCAGACGCAAGUCGAAGAGCUCUUCAACCGUAUCGUCUUUCCCUUGCUCGACGAGCUGUUAAAACCGCAAGUCUUCCUCCGCGAUCCGAUGGGCAUGCCGGAAACGCGGCUGCGAGCAUCUGCAUUUCUCUGCAAGGCGUUCAUGCACCUCGAGGCCCGGGAGGGUACCAAGGCUGACAUUCGAGUGCUAUGGAUUCAGGUCUUGGAUCUUCUCGACAGACUCAUGAAUGUCGACCGCAGAGAUCAGCUUCACGAAGCGAUACCGGAGUCGCUUAAGAAUGUGGUGCUUGUCAUGAAUGCGACAGGAUCUUUGGUACCUCCCUCGGCUGGCGGCGAAGAUUCCCGUGACGACCGGCAGAAGGCUCUCUGGGCAGCGACUCAUGAGCGCAUUGAGCGAUUCCUUCCUGGAUUCCUUGUAGAUGUGUUGCCUCCCUCACUACCCGCACCUUCAAACACUGCGGUUCCUUCUCAACAUCAACAAUCUUGAGCACCUUUCUCUCUCAACCGGACUUCCAGUCUUACACCCCAUAUUAUUUAUCCGAAGUCAUAAAUUAAAUAUACUUGAUUUUCAGUUCUUCAGGCGACAACGUUCCGGGAGAAUGAGCAUGGCUAUUGACAGAUAUUACACAGUUUAUAACGAAGGAAGGAAUCGAUAAAGAGGUAGAAUGGGUGAGCGGAGGGACAGGAGGCUGUUUAGAGAUGACGAAGAAAUUAAGGUAUUAGGUGUGGGCGACUUGUAUCAAUAAUAGCUAAGUUUAGCGGGUGCUCCGAGAUUCUGCAUUGUUAAUAUCCUCAAUCCAAAAGAAUUCCUUUGGCAAACCUUUCCAUCAUGAAGAUCCAUCCAGGUUCGGCCAGCUCCCCUCAGCCUUGAGUUUGUCGAUCACCUCCUUGAGUGUCUCGUGAUUAAUGUUUGGCCGGCGCAAUUCAUAUCCGACAACCUCUUUCAGCUUCGUCGAGUUGAAUGCGAUGACGUGCUUCUUGAGGUGGUAGAGGUCCAUGUAAGCAGUGUAGUGAAGCUUGGUAACUGGAGGAUUUGACUUCUGGAGCAUUUCUGUCCAGUUGGUGACGUGGCUCUCGUUGAUCUCCUCGACAUUAUCCUCAAGUUUCCACUUCGUUCAGUCAGCAAUAGGUUUGUAAUCUCAGUCGCAAUUGCUCACACUAGCGAGAACGUUGGUCAGGAAGUUGUGAAACUCGAAUGUUGUGCCGAAGAACGAGGUGAUAAUGUUGCCAAGAUCAGCCAUCGAGACGUUGCUAUUGUCCUCCUGAGGCGGAGAUAAG